GGGAGCAGCAGCAGUCCAUAUACCCGCCGCGCAGCACCGACGCACGGACGGGGGCGCAUCAUCCAAGUGAUGCCACAGCAUCAGCCGCAUCUCCACAACACACACUGAGAGUAAAGACCCCCCCACCGGGCAGGAGGGAGAGAGAAAUACCCCGCUUCAGCCUCGAAGACAGUCCCUGUCCAUGAAGAUGUCUAACGCUGACAUCGUCUUAACCGCCACGGAUCGGAUGGUGAAAUCUGUCCCCUUCCCGCUGAGCCACCGCCUCACGUUGAAGGAAGUGUUCGACUGCGAGGGGAAGCCGCGGGUGGACCUCCUGAAAGCCCACCUCACCAAGGAGGGCCGCGUGGAGGAAGCCGUGGCGCUCCGGAUCGUCAACGAGGGCGCCGCCAUCCUACGCCAGGAGAAAACCAUACUGGACAUCGAGGCACCGGUCACAGUGUGCGGUGAUAUCCAUGGGCAGUUCUUUGACCUCAUGAAGCUGUUUGAAGUGGGAGGAUCACCGGCUACGACGCGCUACCUGUUCCUCGGGGACUACGUGGACCGUGGCUACUUCAGUAUUGAGUGUGUUUUAUACCUCUGGUCGCUGAAAAUCCUCUAUCCAAAGACUCUAUUUUUACUUCGUGGAAAUCAUGAAUGUAGACAUUUGACAGAAUAUUUCACCUUCAAACAAGAAUGUAAAAUCAAGUACUCGGAGCAGGUGUACGACUCGUGUAUGGACGCGUUCGACUGCCUCCCCCUGGCCGCGCUCAUGAAUCAGCAGUUUCUGUGCGUCCACGGCGGCCUCUCACCUGAAAUACACACCUUAGACGACAUUAAAAAGUUGGAUCGGUUCAAGGAGCCGCCGGCCUUCGGGCCCAUGUGCGACCUGCUGUGGGCCGACCCUCUGGAGGAUUUCGGCAACGAGAAAACCCAAGAGUACUUCAGCCACAACACGGUGCGAGGCUGCUCCUACUUCUACAGUUACCCGGCCGUGUGCGAGUUCCUGCAGAGCAACAACCUCUUAUCCAUUAUUCGAGCUCAUGAAGCACAAGAUGCAGGGUAUGUCGUCCCCACAGGACACAGACGCACAACAAUACACACUUUACACAAUAACACACGGUCUGUCUGUCUCCGCCUCCGAAGGUACCGGAUGUACCGCAAAAGUCAGACCACCGGCUUCCCGUCCCUCAUCACCAUCUUCUCAGCGCCCAACUACCUGGACGUCUACAACAACAAAGCUGCAGUUCUGAAAUAUGAGAACAACGUGAUGAACAUCCGACAGUUCAACUGCUCCCCUCAUCCCUACUGGCUGCCCAACUUCAUGGACGUGUUCACCUGGUCUCUGCCCUUCGUCGGGGAGAAAGUCACAGAAAUGCUGGUGAACGUGCUGAGCAUCUGCUCCGAUGACGAGCUCAUGAUAAAUGAGGAAGAGGAGAUAUUUGAUGCCAAUGCAGCUGCAGCUCGCAAGGAGGUGAUCAAGAACAAGAUCCGCGCGAUCGGGAAAAUGGCCAAAAUGUUUUCCGUCCUCAGAGAGGAGAGUGAGAAUGUGUUGACGCUCAAAGGCCUGACGCCCACUGGCAUGCUGCCGAGCGGGGUCCUCUCCGGAGGCAAGCAGACGCUGCAGAGUGCCACCAUUGAAGCCAUUGAAGCCAUCGAGACGACCGAUGAGGAUAGAGAAGCCAUCCGUGGGUUCUCCCCGCAGCACAAGAUCGCCAGCUUUGCCGAGGCCAAGGGCCUCGACCGCAUCAACGAGCGCAUGCCGCCCCGCAAGGACGGGGUGAACCACGUGGGUCACUCCAUGGGCAAGAUGAACAUGUCGGAGGCGAACGGCACGGACGACAACAGCAACGUCCAGUGAUGCGCCGUCUCCGAGCCUCAGAACACCCGUGCAGCUGUUUUGCGCCGUGCAGCAAAGACUUUUGCCCGAGAUCGUGAAAAUUCAAGGCCUCACGAACAUAGAAAUAAAACCACGGCCCCCCCGCCCCCCCCCCCACCCCCCCCACCGCAGCAGACGGAACGUGAGGAAAUAAUCUGCAGCAAAAACUAAACAAACAAAAAAAUACAAAAAAGCGGGCGGGAAAAAAAAUGUUUUGUUUUUUUCAUCGCACAGGGAUGGGGAGGAAAGGGGGAGGAGCUGGGGGAGGAGCUUUGGGUUCACAGCGGAGGUCAGGGAGGUGGAGAGGCCUAGAAGGGCUGCAACUUGACUGAAGUGUGUGCGUGAGAGUCGUUGCCGCCUGCUGUGUGUCGGUCCGGUCGCAGGCUGUUCGGGCGUUGCGUUGUUCUGAGUGCUGACACCUGUCUGCUUCUUCACCACGGGGGGGGGGGGGGGCAUUACUGCAGUAUCCAUGGCACACCAAACCAUGUUAUACUGUUUUAUAAAAUGUUUAUUAUAUAUAUAUAUAUAAUAUAUAUAUAUAUUUGAAUAUUAAUAUCUAUAUAUAUAUAUAUAUAUAUAUAUCACUCACAAUUUCACUUCAUGGGCAGGGGGGGAAAUAAUCUCGUUUGCCCUCCCAGGUUUUGUAUUAAAAAGUCACGCCACUUGAAAGAAAGAAAAAGAAGAAAAAAAGCUAAAUGCGAACCUCUUAAAACUUGCAGAGCAAUCUUACCGGUGACGUUUUAUUUAUUAUUUAUUUAUUUACCUCGAGGUAAGAUGCUAUCAUCCUGCAGGGGUCUCUUUUCCUCUCCUCCCCACACUAUCAGUCAUCUCCUAGCCAGAAGUAACUCGGAGGGGACGAGGAAAGAAAAGGGAGGGGGUGAAAAGAGCAUAUUUUGGGGUGAAAUUGUGGGUACUAUUUUAAUCACAUAUUAAAGAUUCAUUCAGAAGGUUUGAAAACGGCACCAAAAAAAAGAAUGAGCAUGAGGAUGCAACGUUUUUUUAUAUAUUUUCAUCCGGAUCAUCCUUAAAUGAAUUAGUUCUUCCUCUCAAUUAAACCGUUUUAAGAAAAGCAUGGCAUUUUUAAUCGAGCUAUAAUCUCACACACUUUUCUGGAAAGUAUAUACACUUGAAACAUCCUUCACCUGAAGGAGUCUUGUCUCUCAUCUCCUCUGCUUCGCUAUGAUGCAACAAAGCGGCGUUAACACACGUCUCUGGACCACACAGGGGGAAAAAGAAGAAGUCAUUUUGAACUUUUUUGGGACGUGUCGUGCUGUGUCGCACACACACACACACACUUCCUGCUUAUGUAUCACCUGCUUGUCGCUCCAGUAAAAGAACACAUCAUCGCCCUUUUAGUUAUUGCACAAUUUGCCCUGCUGGGAAUUCUACGAGCCAAACAAAGUACUAUUUCACAGGGAAAUUCUACAAAUUUGUGAAUGCAUAUAUUUGAAAUAUUUAUUAUUUAGCAACAAAACACACCGCUGUGUCAUUUUGAAUAAGCAUGCAUCGAGAAUUUUUUUAAAGAAAUGUGAAGAUUGUAUCCAAAGCAGAGUUUUAAUUCAUUAAUGCUUAUUUUGAGGUAUAAAUGUGAUUUUUUUUCUCACUGAAAUUGAUCUUGGAUUAGUUCAAAGCCGCCAGAGGUCACUCCUUCAUUAAAUCUGAGCGCGGUUGCGUUUAUUAAUCCGCCCAUAUUGCAUCAAUGUGUGUACAUCGCAUAUAAAUUCUUGUUUUUCAAUCUU